AUCAUCUGAACAAUUUGACAAUAGAUAUAUAAAGAUGCCAAUAAUAAUUCCCUCCUUCUUUUUUAUUUGAUUCUCUAUAUAUAAAUUCACUAUUGAUCAUCUGCUUGAUUAGCUCCUUAUAACCCCCCACUCUGAGCUGAAACACCACCCACCAACAUGCCGCUAGUCACACAGAACCUCAAGCCCCGUGUCAUUCUCGGGCUUAUGAACUUUGGCCCUGAACUGGGAAACGGAGUCCGAAUUAAUUCGCUGGACGAAUACAAGAAGAUUCUCACUUAUUUCCAGCAGCAAGGCUACAAUGAAAUCGAUACAGCGCGCAUCUACGCCAACGGCACUCAAGAAGCAUUCACCGCCAAAGCGGGCUGGAAGGACCAAGGCUUCGCCCUUGCAACGAAAUGGUAUCCAAAGGAGCCGGGCCAGCACAAGCCUGACGUGCUCAAGAAAGCUUUUAAUACGUCCUUGAAGGAGCUACAGACGGACCAGGUCGACAUUUUCUACCUGCACGCUCCGGACCGCUCCGUCCCUUUUGCUGAGACGCUCAAGGCUGUCGACGAUUUGCACAAGGAGGGCAAAUUUAUACAGUUUGGUCUCAGCAAUUUUACAGCCUUUGAAGUGGCCGAAGUGGUCCUAACCGCCAAAGCAAAUGGCUGGGUCCGGCCUACCGUCUACCAGGGCAUGUAUAACGCCAUUACUCGCUCUCUCGAAACCGAAUUAAUACCUGCAUGUCAUCGUUAUGGUCUCGACGUUGUCGUCUACAACCCCAUCGCAGGUGGCCUCUUGUCUGGAAAAUACAAGACCAGCGAGAUCCCCACGGAAGGGCGAUACAGCGACUCCCUCGGCCAAAUAGGCGGCAUGUAUCGCAAGCGGUAUUUCCGAGACGCGACUUUCGAAGCGCUCAAGGUGAUCGAACCUGUUGUGCAAAAGCACGGUCUCACCAUGGUCGAAACUGCCUUUAGAUGGACUGUACACCAUUCUGCUCUGAAGAUUAAAGAUGGCAAUGAUGGUAUCAUCAUCGGCGUGAGCAGUUUCGACCAGCUACAGACCAAUCUGGCCGACAUCGAAAAGGGUCCUCUGCCCGAAGAAGUCGUCAAAGCGCUCGACGAUGCCUGGCUCAUCACCAAGGCCACUGCUCCCAACUACUGGCACCUUGACCUCAACUAUACAUAUGAUACGAAGAAGGCUUUAUUUGGA